GACAGUAGUAGUGCUUGGUUAAGUAAACUGCACCCGCCAGCCACGUGCAACGCGAGCGUCGCGAGGCCAUUAUUUCUUCUUCUUCUUCAAGUAAAAUACUGAAGGUGAAAUAAUAGUGGUGAUCGCAUGUACAAGAACCGUUCUGAAUUGAUUUGAGGCAUUUUGAGUUGUCGAAUAGCGAUGGGCGAGUAAGUUAGCUACUGAACAUGACAUUUGUUAAUUUGAAUUGUGUUAAUGGAACUAAAAUUGAAAUUGACAGGGUGGUGGCUUCAGCUCCUGGGAAAGUGUUAAUGACCGGUGGUUACCUCAUUUUAGAGAGACCCAACGCAGGGCUUGUCCUCAGCACAAACGCUCGCUUCUACGCUAUCGUUAAACCCCUCCAUCACCAAAUCAAACCCGAUAGCUGGGCAUGGGCUUGGACGGAUGUGAGAUUAACCUCUCCUCAGCUCUCCAGAGAAGCACUCUACAAACUCGCACUAAAAAAUCUUAUAAUCCAAACUGUUUCCACAAGUGAUACGAGAAAUCCUUUUGUGGAAUAUGCAGUGCAGUAUUCGGUGGCUGCUGCUUAUGCGACCUUUGAUCAGAAUAAAAAGGAUUUGUUACACAAACUGCUUUUACAGGGUCUUGACAUUACUAUUUUGGGUUGCAAUGAUUUUUAUUCAUAUAGGAAUGAGAUUGAGAGACGUGGACUCCCUUUGACACCAGAUUCAUUGGCCACCCUCCCUGCUUUUUCCUCCAUUACCUUCAAUACCGAUGAUGCUAAUGGAGGAAAUUGCAAGCCUGAAGUAGCUAAAACUGGUUUGGGCUCAUCUGCAGCAAUGACAACAGCUGUGGUUGCUGCUUUACUUCACUACCUGGGUGCUGUAAAGCUUUCCUCUUUAAAAGAUUUUAAGGAAAGGAAGGAUAUUACAGAUCUUGAUAUGGUGCAUAAAAUAGCUCAAACUGCUCAUUGUAUUGCACAGGGGAAAGUAGGCAGUGGGUUUGAUGUCAGUUCAGCUGUGUAUGGCAGUCAGCGCUAUGUGCGGUUUUCACCAGAAGUGAUUUCCUCCACUCAGGUUGCAGCUAAAUCGGUGCCAUUACUAGAAGCUAUCCCUGAAAUUCUAAAAGGAAAAUGGGACCAUGACAGGACUGAGUUCUCUUUACCACCUUUGAUGACUCUUUUACUAGGAGAACCUGGAACUGGUGGAUCAUCCACACCAUCAAUGGUUGGUGCUGUCAAAAAAUGGCAAAAGUCCAACCCUCCGAAAUCCUUGGACAUGUGGAGAAGAUUGUCAGAGGCAAAUUCAGCAUUGGAAACACAACUAAACUUGUUAAGCCAAUUAGCAAAAGAACAAUGGGAUGCAUAUAAAUCUGUGGUUGAAAGCUGCAGCAUGCUCAGAUCAGACAAGUGGAUAGAACAAGCUUCUGAACCUAACAAGGAAGCAGUCAUUAAAGCCCUGCUAGGUGCAAAAGAUGCCAUGCAGGGGAUUAGAUAUCAUAUGCGCCUGAUGGGUGAGGCUGCAGGAGUUCCAAUUGAACCAGAAUCGCAAACACAACUUUUAGAUGUUACAAUGAACUGGGAAGGAGUUUUGUUGGCUGGAGUGCCAGGGGCAGGAGGAUUUGAUGCAGUCUUCGCUGUUACUUUGGGAGAUUCGAGCAGCAAUGUGACCAAAAUAUGGGGUUCACUUAAUGUUCUUGCCUUGUUGGUUAAAGAAGAUCCCUGUGGCGCUUGUUUAGAAAGUGCUGACCCACGAACCAAUGAAAUCACAUCAGUUGUGUCUUCAAUUCAUAUUGAAUAAGUUGAUUUCCAUCAAUUAAAUAUUGUAAUUCACCACAAAAUUAUUCCGUAGAAUGUGGCUUCACUAGGUUAGCUUUCUUUUCUCUUAUGUUUUUCAAUUUCGGGGGAAAAUGGGUGGAGGAUUGAAAAUAAGCUUUAUGUGUUUUUAGCUUUUUGUGAAAGUACCCUUCGAUUGUUCUUGGGCUACUAAAAAUGAGCAGUAGAUUCUUUGAAUCUUCUAGUUUCCUGUAGCCAGAAGAAAACGAAUUGUAUCAUCAAAAUUUCGGAUUUGUUGCAUAUUCCUUGCUUAUUCAGAUGUAGGUACUUUUCUAUAACUG